GGAUGCGGCUUCAUUUACAUCUAUGCCCAGAGCAGGGCACCUGCUUACCAUGGACACUGCCGGGUACAGCAAGUGGGACAACAAGCUGGAGGAGGUCCCUGGAGGGCAUUGGGGACACUGGGGACAGCGAUCCCUCCUCCUGGCCUUUGGUCUGGUGGUCGUCACAGUCCUGUGGGCCCUCGUUCUGAGCAUCCUAUUUUCCAAGGCCUCCACAGAGCGCGGGGCGCUGCUUGGCCACCAGGACCUACUGAGGACAAACGCCUCGAAGCAGACGGUGGCUCUGAAGGUCUUGAAGGAGGAGGUCCGAGCCUGCAACAGCUGCUGCCUGGGGUUGCAGGCGCAGCUGCAGACGGUGCACACCCAGCUUGGAGAGGCAAAGGCGAAGCUGUUGGAGCAGGAGAGCUCCCUGAAGGAACUGAGCGAGCGCGUGACCCAGGGCUUGGCUGAAGCCGGUAGGGACCGUGAGAACAUCCGCAGUGAGCUCUUCCGGGAGCUGGAGAGAGUCCGGUUCCAGAACAGCUCCUGCGAGCAGUGCCCCAAGUCGUGGCUGCCAUUCCAGGGCUCUUGUUACUUUUUCUCGGUGCAACGGGCCACGUGGGUGGAGGCUCAGAGCCACUGCGAGGGCGCGGGCGCGCACCUGGUGAUUGUUGGGGGCCUGGAGGAGCAGGGCUUCCUGAGUCGGAAUACUGCCGGCCGAGGCUACUGGCUGGGCCUGAGGGCUGUGCGCAGGGCGCGCAAAAUCCAGAGCUACCAGUGGGUGGAUGGAGUCCCACUCAGCUUCAGCCACUGGAAUCUGGGGGAACCCAAUGACUCUCUGGGGCGCGAGGACUGCAUCAUGAUGCUACGGACGGGGAUGUGGAAUGACGCACCGUGCAACAGCAAAGACGACAGCUGGAUCUGCGAGAAGAGGCACAACUGCUGACCUAGCCCAGUGCCCCAGAGCCAAGCCCACCGGCACUUGUCCAAUCGCCUGAGCUGCUUACUGCCCUGGCUCCACCCACCACUAUAAUCCCUCCCACUGCUUCCAGCAAAAACACCCCUUCACCCAGAGCCUAGGCCAAUAACUGGACCUCAGCUCCAACCCCACUGCAUCCCCUCAACCCAUGAGCCUAAUGUAUCUACAUUCGCUCCAAAAUCUGAGCUCCUCUGCCCUGUGAUCUGGCCCCAUCACCCUCCCUAACCAAGGUCAGUCACCUCAGGGAUGGAGCUGUUUGGUUUGCUUGCUUUUUACCCCAGAAAGGGGGGCCUCAAAGAUAGAGAUUUUGUGAGCUUUCUUCACAGCCCUAGGGAGCAUCAAUAAAUGAGAAAUGAAUCUUG